UAUGGAGUUGCAGUGUAACUGGCACUGCUAGGGCAUGAAUGAGAAAGCCAAUCACUAAUUUGUUUAUAUUCAAUUUUAUUUUAACCAAAUUUCAGUUUUGCAGUUAAAAAAAAAUUGUCCCCACAUCCGGCUUGAGCCAUCCAUUCUAUCUGUCUAUCUAAUAAGAGCAUAUGUCCUCCUCAACCUUAAUUUAAAUAUUUAAAUAAAUUUUGCAUUUCUCCAAGGCAACUGAAUUUUACAAUGUCGUCGUCGUCUGUGCCAUCAUCAUCAAAUUCAAAGCCUUGUCUCCCAUGGCGGACUCGUCUCGCCGUGUCUUUCCUCUCUCUGCUCACCGACACUGCUCGCCGUCCCGACGGCACCAUUAACCGCCGACUCCUCCGUCUACUCGACUUCAAAUCCUCCCCGACCCCUACCUCCCCACUUCACGGCGUCACAUCCCGCGACCACACCCUCGACCCCUCCCGCAACCUCUGGGUACGAGUCUUCGUCCCCCACUACUCUUCUUCCUCACAAUCCCAAUCCCAAUCCCUCCCCGUCAUCGUCUUCUUCCACGGCGGCGGCUUCACCUUCCUCGACCCCGCCUCCUUCGCCUACGACGCCGUCUGCCGCAAGUUCGCUCGCAAGAUUCCCUCCAUCGUCGUCUCCGUCAACUAUCGCCUCUCCCCCGAACAUCGCUAUCCUUGUCAAUACGACGACGGUUUCGACGUCCUCAAAUACCUCGACCACAACGGCACUUCCCUCCUCCCGGAAUUCGCCGAUCUCUCCAAGUGCUUCCUCGCUGGAGACAGCGCCGGCGCCAACCUGGCACACCACGUGGCGGUGAGGGCGGCGGCGGAGCAGUUGAUGAAAAGCCUGAAAGUGGUGGGGUUGGUAUCCAUACAGCCGUUCUUCGGAGGAGAGGAGAGGACGGAGUCGGAGAUUCGGCUGGCGAAGGCGCCGCUGGUUUCGUUGGCGCGCACAGACUGGCUGUGGAAGGUGUUCUUGCCGGAGGGGUCCAACAGGGACCACCCGGCGUCCAACGUGAGCGGGCCAAAUGCUGUUGAUAUAUCGGGUUCUGGUGGGUAUCCGGAUACUCUGGUGUUCGUGGGAGGGUUGGAUCCGCUGCAGGACUGGCAGAGGAGGUACUGGGAGUGGUUGACGAGAUCCGGGGUCAAGGCGGAGCUGGUGGAGUAUCCCAACAUGAUCCAUGCAUUUUAUGUGUUUCCCGAAUUGCCCCAGGCCCACCAACUAAUUACGCAGGUCAAGCAUUUCGUCAAUGCAAAGUGUCAUACUAUUGAUCCUUCUUAAUCUUUAUUAUUAUUAUUAUUAAUUUGUUUUUACUUGUUUAUUUUCCAAGUAGAAUUAGCAGCUAUUAGCUGGAAGCCUGAGGGAUAUCAAUAAUAUUAAAUUAUCUUAUAUUAUGAGCUUUGCAAUCAUAAAAAGAAUAUCAUAUAUCAGCUUUGUAUAUGUAAAUAUGUAAUUGUCUGUAUUCGGUUUUUAAAAAUUGAGCGAGGUAGGUAAUGUGCUCCGCACAUAUCCAAAGUAGUAAUAGUGUGAUUAAACGUUCUUGUCAGUAUAAAGACAGUUUCAUCAUUCUGUCUCUCUUUUAUUCUUUUA